GCCGGUUAUCGUUCCGCCGAGAAAACCCCUAAACCAGAGGACUCGCGUUCAACACUCUCCAAGCGGCGAGAACAACUCAGGAAAGCUCAGCGGUAGGAAGUGCCCUUCCAGUAAUUAUUUGAAUGAGGCUAGAGUCUAGCAGCACGCACCGUCAGCGAAAAGAUGCGUAUUUCAAGAACCUCGAAAAUGAAGUCAUACGUCUACGCGAAGUUGAAGUAGAUCUGCACGGUCAACUUAAAAACGCUCGCCUUCAUGUCCAGAAGCUUCAAGGAAUUCUGGAUAAACAUAAUCUGCCCGCGCCCUCCGAUUCUGUUGGAGGCUUCGCUGCAGGGAUGGAGUCAGGGAAGUACUACGACCAGGGUAUAAGUGCACUGGAUAAAUCUGGGUUCGAGACAGAGACGAAUUCUCCGGUAUUCACUUCGCCUCUUCAUCUAUUCGACCAGCACGCGAACAGGGAUAUCUCCACAGGCUGCACACCAUCUCUUAACGGAAACAUCCAAGAGCCAAUUCGGGAUGCGGGCUUCCUCUCUGGUGGUUUCCAACCCACCAUAUCCCAGCCACGCUUAGCCGAACAUCCAGUUCACCAAAACAUGAUUGAUCUGGGCAUGGAAUUCGUUUUGUCGCUCGAAAGUCCUUGUCUCCCCCAUCUAGAAUCUCACCAUGACAAGCCCAAUGGCCAUGUCUUGCUCGCCUCUACUGCUUUAAUGCGUCCGCACCCCCAUCGCCACACUUCGUCAACGUCACCCGUAUCUUCGCCACACGAUCCAGCCGUCAUCUUUGACAGGCUCCUCGCCCUGUCGAAAGACCUUGUGUCUGAAGAUACCUUAAGUCCUGUCCAAGCAUGGUCGCUCAUUCUUGAACAUCCGACGGUGUCCAGUCUUGAUAUAACCAGAACGAAGCAGCUAAGUUCAUCGCUUCUAGAGAUAGUUAAGUGCUAUGGGUUUGGCGCUGUCAUGAAAAGGGAUGCCUUUGAGUCAAUAAUAUCAUGUCAUCUUCCACGACUGCCACUUUGAGAUAAUAGGCGACGGGUGAAACUGGGACUUGAACGUUUGAUACGCCUCCGUUGGGCUUUCAAAUACACAGCCGAAACCAAAGUCUUGUGAUGAAUGCCUUACAUAAACAAUGAUGCUGAGCCGAAGGCUAUCAAGGGCAUCCUGGCGGAGAACUGGGAGCCUGGGACCACCUAGAGGGGACAGAUAUUAAUAAACGCAUAAAAUGAGGGGGAUAAAAAAAUGUGAGCAAAAAACAUAUAACACCUAGGAUUUAUAUAUAAUUAUUUAUUAUAAAUACUAACUAGCUAGUAUAUAGCUUUAAUAUAGCUAGAAGUUAGGUAAGUACUAUAAGGUCCUUGGCCUGUGGGGCUGUUGCGAAUAGUGUGAAAGGGUGUAAUACACCUAAUAAAGGAGAUAUAUAGGUUGCGAAGUGGUCAAAUGAGCCAGGGGGUGUUCAACGCCCACAAGGGGAG